UUCCCUCGCCCGCGCCGGCUCCCGCUAUGAGCCGCCCGCUCUGCAACCACUACGCCGCGCUCCUCUCCUCCGCCGCCGCCGCCGCCGCCGGCGGCGGCCGCGAUGGGGCCCGCGUCGCCGGCGCCGUCCACUGCCUCGUCCUCCGGACGCUCCCGCACCCGCCGCCCACCUACCUCCUCAACCACCUCCUCGCCGCCUACGCCAGGUCCGGCCGCCUCCCGCUCGCGCGCCGCCUGUUCGACGCAAUGCCCGACCCCAACCUCUUCACCCGCAACGCGCUGCUCUCGGCGCUGGCCCGCGCGCGCCUCCUCCCCGACAUGGAGCGGCUCUUCGCGUCCAUGCCCGAGCGCGACGCCGUGUCCUACAACGCGCUCAUCGCGGGCUUCUCGGGCGCCGGCGCCCCCGCGCGGGCGGCCCGGGCGUACCAGGCGCUGCUCCGGGAGGAGGCGGUGGUGGACGGCGCCAGGGUCAGGCCCAGCCGCAUCACCAUGUCCGGCAUGGUCAUGGCCGCGUCGGCGCUCGGCGACCGCGCGCUCGGCCGGCAGGUGCACUGCCAGAUCCUGCGUCUCGGGUUCGGGGCCUACGCCUUCACCGGGAGCCCAUUGGUUGAUAUGUAUGCCAAGAUGGGCCUCAUCGGGGACGCCAAGCGGGUCUUUGAUGAGAUGGAGGGCAAGAAUGUGGUGAUGUACAAUACCAUGAUCACGGGGCUGCUCCGGUGCAAGAUGGUUGAGGAGGCCAGGGGGGUGUUUGAGGCGAUGGUCGACAGGGACUCCAUCACCUGGACUACGAUGGUUACAGGGCUGACGCAGAAUGGGUUGCAGUCGGAGGCGCUGGAUGUUUUCAGGCGGAUGAGGGCCGAGGGUGUUGGCAUUGAUCAGUACACUUUCGGAAGCAUCCUUACAGCCUGUGGCGCCCUUGCUGCCUCAGAAGAGGGGAAGCAGAUCCAUGCCUACACAAUCAGAACUCUGUAUGAUGACAAUAUCUUUGUUGGAAGCGCGCUUGUUGACAUGUACUCGAAGUACAGGAGCAUCAGGUUGGCAGAAGCCGUUUUCAGAAGGAUGACCUGCAAAAACAUCAUCUCAUGGACCGCAAUGAUUGUUGGCUAUGGACAGAACGGGUGCAGCGAGGAGGCUGUGAGGGUGUUCCUGGAGAUGCAGAGGGAUGGGAUUAAGCCUGAUGAUUUCACCCUUGGCAGUGUUAUAAGUUCUUGUGCUAAUCUAGCAAGCCUGGAAGAGGGAGCACAGUUCCACUGCAUGGCGCUUGUCUCAGGGUUGAGGCCGUACAUUACAGUGUCUAAUGCACUAGUUACCUUGUACGGUAAGUGCGGGAGUAUCGAGGACGCACACCGCUUGUUUGAUGAGAUGCCGUUUCAGGAUCAGGUCUCCUGGACUGCCCUUGUAACAGGUUAUGCGCAGUUUGGGAAGGCAAAAGAAACCAUAGAUUUGUUUGAGAAGAUGUUGUCUAAGGGUGUGAAGCCUGACGGGGUAACGUUUAUCGGUGUCCUUUCUGCUUGUAGCCGUUCAGGGCUUGUGGAGAAAGGCCGCAGCUACUUCCAGUUCAUGCAGGAGAACCAUGGUAUUGUGCCCUUGGAUGAUCACUAUACUUGUAUGAUUGACCUGUAUAGCAGAUCAGGAAGGUUAAAAGAAGCUGAGGAGUUCAUAAGGCAGAUGCCACGGUGUCCUGAUGCAAUUGGAUGGGCAACAUUGCUUAGCGCAUGUAGGUUGCGUGGUGACAUGGAGAUUGGGAAAUGGGCUGCUGAGAAUCUCUUGAAAACUGACCCACAAAACCCAGCGAGCUAUGUCUUGCUGUGCAGCAUGCAUGCUACUAAAGGUGAAUGGAGUGAGGUUGCCCAGCUUAGGCGCGGAAUGAGGGAUAGGCAAGUGAAGAAGGAACCAGGCUGCAGCUGGAUCAAGUAUAAGAAUAAAGUUCACAUAUUUUCAGCUGACGAUCAGUCUCACCCCUUCUCCGGAACAAUUUAUGAGAAGCUCCAGUGGCUCAACUCUAAGAUGGUGGAAGAAGGAUACAAGCCUGAUGUCAGUUCAGUGCUGCAUGAUGUGGCAGAUGCCGAGAAGGUUCACAUGCUCAGCAAUCAUAGCGAGAAGCUUGCAAUUGCCUUUGGCUUAAUUUUUGUUCCAGAGGAAAUGCCGAUCCGGGUUGUCAAGAAUCUGCGGGUGUGUGUGGAUUGCCACAAUGCUACCAAGUUCAUCUCGAAGAUAACCGGUCGUGAUAUUCUCAUGAGAGAUGCUGUCAGAUUUCACAAGUUUAGCAAUGGCAUUUGCUCCUGUGGGGACUUCUGGUAAUUCCACUGUUUGUUAAAGCUGCACACCGCACAUGCUUCAAGUUUAACUAAAGUCAGAAGUGCUACUGGAAGAAAAUGAGGAAAGCUGAAUGAAGCCAAUCAUGGAUAAUAGUUCCUGGCCAUCAACUGGGUUUGUGUGACACAGUACGAACAAAUCAUGUUCCCUGCAGGUGCAAGACUGAUAAGAGGGUAUUUUUUCGGUUAUGGAUUAGAGAUGGGCCUCAAGUUUGUUGAAAGAAGAUCCCACUUAUGGCUUUGCACCAAGCAGCAAAGGGAACAAAGCGAUGAAUCACCAUCCACUGAGUUUGGCUUCCAAAUCUCCAAGACUUUUGUUACGCAACCGAAGUGUUUCCACAGGCAGCCUAAAACAUGCCAAUGUGAUGCCUGAACCAAUCCCUUGUUGAAGUUUAGUGCCUGGUUGCCAUAUGGGUACUUGAUGGCAAUGUGAGUCAUGUAAAGGGUAUAUUUCUGUCAGUGCUGCUUGGGCAAGGUCAUUGCAGUUCUGUCACCAUUAUACUGGAGAACAAGCUGCAGCAAGUACUGGGAAGAACUUACUGCUUACUGGAGAAAUACCCCUGAAGAACAGUUAUACUGCAAUCUGAAUAUCAGGAAUUGCAGAAGUCACUGGCUGCAUGCCCAAGAACCCCAGCAUGGCCAGUGAAGCCAUGUUGGCUUGGUUGUAGGAGUCCAUCUCAUGGAUGAUGAGGCUGGUGGUGGUGACCCGGGCGCUGGUGUUGUUGUUGAAGAGGCACAUCCUGUUGACGUAGAUGGUCUUUGUCGGGUACAAGCAGUUUGGCUGUACUGGCAGAAAUUGCUUAGUAUCUAGUUUGGUGGUAGUGUACCAAAUUGUAAAUCUUGCAUGCCACUAGACCACAAGGUGGCAAGUGAAGCAUGGGCAUGCAGAGCUUGUUUGUAGAACAGACACAACUAGCUAGCUGAGCUGCAUUGUGCAGUGAAGCUAAGUGGAACUCUCGACAAUGAGAUCACAGCAACAUUUAUUCAGUUCCUACAUAUAUAAUAUAAUGUGCAUCUAGAA